ACCGUGCAAUUUCAUCAACCAUACUCGCUGUAAGCACUUGGGUCUGUGCAAAGAAGUAGUGAGUUUCAGCUUGUGUUUUGGGGAGAGAGAGAGGGAAGGAGAAGGAGAAGGAGAAGAUGGAGGGAAGAGAAGAGGAUGUGAGGGUGGGUGCCAACAAGUUCGCGGAGAGGCAGCCGAUCGGGACGGCCGCGCAGACCCAGGACGGGAAGGACUACCGGGAGCCGCCGCCCGCGCCGCUGUUCGAGCCGAGCGAGCUCAGUUCCUGGUCGUUCUACAGGGCCGGGAUCGCCGAGUUCGUGGCCACAUUCCUGUUUCUGUACAUCACGGUGUUGACGGUGAUGGGGGUGGUCAGGUCGCCGACCAAGUGCGCGUCGGUCGGGAUUCAAGGGAUUGCGUGGGCGUUCGGCGGCAUGAUCUUCGCCCUCGUCUACUGCACCGCCGGCAUUUCGGGAGGCCACAUAAACCCGGCCGUGACCUUCGGGCUGUUCCUGGCGAGGAAGCUAUCGUUGACGAGGGCCGUCUUCUACAUGGCGAUGCAAUGUCUCGGAGCUAUUUGUGGUGCCGCUGUGGUCAAAGCGUUCGGAAAGAGCCAGUACGAGAUGCAUGGCGGCGGUGCUAAUAUGGUCAGUGCCGGCUACUCCAAGGGCGACGGCCUCGGUGCCGAGAUCGUCGGUACCUUCGUCCUCGUCUACACCGUCUUCUCCGCUACCGACGCUAAACGAAGUGCCCGAGACUCCCACGUUCCUAUUUUGGCACCCCUGCCUAUCGGGUUCGCGGUGUUCUUGGUGCACUUGGCCACCAUCCCCAUAACAGGAACUGGCAUCAACCCUGCUCGGAGCCUCGGUGCCGCGAUCAUCUACAACAAAGACCUUGCCUGGGAUGACCAGUGGAUCUUCUGGGUCGGACCAUUCAUCGGGGCGGCGCUCGCGGCUCUGUAUCACCAGGUGGUGAUAAGGGCCAUCCCCUUCAAAUCCAGCUGAACAAAAGAGAAACAAGACAUGAUUCCUAACCGUGAAAGCAAAGAACAUCAUGGGAAAAAGUUCGAUGGUCCCGGGUCCUGGGAGAUGAUUAAAGAUUAUGGUCCAAGUUUCUAUGUUUACGCUUCAAUGUUUUUUAGCCCUAAAGUUCGAAUCUCUUUCUCUCUCUGGUUUUUAGUCCGAGAGAAUAUGGUGUGGUGCGGAGGGCCCAUGAAUAUGAACAUGAUGGGCUUUUUCGUACGUGUGGUUUUGUAGCGCUUGUCUAUGCAAAAGUAGGAAAAUGACGCUUCGAUAUGAUGAUGCAAUCUUUGCUUUUUUUCA